AUGUCCGACCCAUCGAGUCCCUACUACGGGGUGGCCUACAAUGGCACCGGCGCCAACGGCGGUGACUCGCUGACAAGUGACCUGAACAUCUACUAUAAUGCCGGUGAUAUUGCUUGGGUUGUUACGUCGACGGCUCUCGUCCUGCUCAUGAUUCCGGGUGUUGGAUUCUUCUACUCAGGUCUCGCUCGCCGCAAGUCAGCACUCUCGCUGAUAUGGCUUUCCAUAAUGUCCGUCGGCGUUGUCUCCUUCCAGUGGUUCUUCUGGGGCUACUCACUGGCCUUCUCCCACUCCGCCGGAAAAUACAUCGGUGACCUGAGCAAUUUUGGUUUGAAGGGCGUGCUGGCUGCGCCGUCUGUUGGAAGUUCCAGUGUUCCCGAUCUCCUUUUCUGUAUCUUCCAGUGCAUGUUCGCUGCUAUUACCGUUGCUCUCGCUGCCGGUGCCGUCGCUGAGCGUGGUCGUAUGCUUCCCUGUGUUGUCUUCAUGUUCAUCUGGACCACCAUCAUCUACGACCCCAUUGCCUGCUGGACAUGGAACCCUUCGGGUUGGGUCUACAAGCUGGGAGGUCUGGACUUUGCGGGUGGUACUCCAGUGCACAUCGCUUCCGGCUCUGCUGCUCUGGCCUACUCCCUGAUGCUGGGUAAGCGUCGUGGACACGGUACUCACGAGCUCAACUACCGCCCGCACAACGUGACACACGUUGUCAUCGGUACUGUCUUCCUUUGGGUUGGAUGGUUCGGCUUCAAUGCCGGCUCUGCCCUGGCCGCCAACCUCCGUGCUGUCAUGGCUGCCGUCGUGACCAACCUGGCUGCCUCCGUGGGAGGUGUCACCUGGUGUCUGCUUGACUACCGCCUGGAGCGCAAGUGGUCCACCGUCGGUUUCUGCUCUGGUGUCAUUGCCGGUCUUGUUGCCAUUACUCCCGGCUCUGGCUUCGUCACCCCCUGGGCAGCUUUCAUCUUCGGCGUUGUCGGCGCCGUUGCUUGCAACUAUGCCACCAAGCUGAAGUUCCUCCUCCGCGUUGACGAUGCUCUGGAUAUCUUUGCCGUCCACGCGGUCGGCGGUCUUGUCGGCAACAUCCUCACCGGCCUCUUUGCUGCCGACUACAUUGCGCACCUCGACGGCGUCACCUCAAUCCCCGGCGGCUGGAUUAACCGCAACUACAUUCAGCUGGGCUACCAGCUUGCCGACUCAUUCUCCGGCUUUGCCUACUCGUUCUUCGGAACCUGCAUUAUCCUGUUCAUUAUGAACAUGAUCCCCGGACUCAGCCUGCGUGCUCCUGAGGAGGAUGAGAUUAUGGGCAUUGACGAUGCCGAGAUUGGCGAGUUUGCCUACGACUACGUCGAGGUUACUCGCGACAUUGUCAACGGCGUGGAGGGCAGUGACACUGCCUCCAAGCGCACCAUGACUCCCACUGGGGAAAACUUUGCCACCAUUGACACCAAGGCCUAA